AUGAAAUUCUUACUUUGUGUUGUACUGUUAGCCACUUUGGCUAUAGUACAUAGUUAUCCACAUCUAGCGGUUCAGGAGCAGCUGGAAACUUUGGAUACUGUAGACCAACCACUUAACGUUGAUGUUGAAGAUCAGCAAGUACGUGUAGCUCGUGGAUUCGGCGGUUUUGGUGGCUUCCCUGGUGGUGGUUACGGAGGUUAUCCAGGCGGUGGUUUUGGAGGUGGUGGUUUUGGAGGCUAUCCAGGUGGUGGUUAUGGAGGUUUUCCAGGUGGCGGCUUUGGCCGCUAUCCCGGUGGUGGUUUUGGUCGAAGAGGUGGUUAUGGUGGUGCUUCAGCCAGUGCAUCAGCAUCAGCUUCUGCAAGUUCAUAUGGCAAAUAA